GGUGGACUCGUGGCAGGGAGCCUACGUGGUGGCAGCGGGCGAUGAGGACAGCGACAGCGACGAGGAUGGGUGGGAUAUCGGCGUGGCGCAGCGGGAGCCGCAGGAUUUGGAUCAAAUGUUGCAGGAGGACAAAAAUGAAGCAUUAAAGAAGGCUCUUGUUCGAAGUGAUGUGCAAUUAAUUGAAGAACUAUUAAACUCUGGUAUAAACAUAGAGUCUACCUUUCAGUUUGGAUGGACUCCCCUGAUGUAUGCUGCCAGUAUGGCUGACUUUGCAGUAGUGCGUCUUCUGCUGGACAGAGGUGCUAAUGCAAGUUUUGAAAUAGAUAAGUACACUGUGCUGAUGGCAGCAUGUACUGCAAUUUCUUCAGAAGAAAACAUCUUGAAGACUGUAGAGCUACUUCUAUCAAGGAAUGCUGACCCUAACCUUAGUUGCAGGAGGCAAAUGACUCCACUGAUGUAUGCAGCUAAGAAGGGCUAUCCUAAGGUUGUUGCUCUUCUUGUUGCUAAUGGAUCACACAUAAAUGCCCAAGAUGAAAACGGAUAUUCAGCAUUAAUAUGGGCUGCACAGCUUGGACAUAAAAAUGUAGUCUUUAAGCUGCUUGAGCUGGGAGCUGACAAAAAUCUACAAACUAAGGAUGAGAAAACAGCAGCAGAACUAGCAAAACUCAAUAGACAUUUAGAGAUUUAUAGUUUACUCUCUUUGGCUGCAAAUCACUUGCAAGGGAGAUACUGUGAAAUGAUGAAGCAAGAGGCUAUCUACAGUCUUGCAUCAGCUGUCCCCGACCAGAGAACUGGUUCCUAUUCAGCUUUUGAUGACGUGGAAGUGUUUUUACAUGGUGUUGGUCUAGAACACAUAGUAGGAUUGUUGAAGGAAAAAGAUGUAACUUUAAGACAGCUUCUGAUGAUGCAAAAAGAUGACUUGAUAGAGAUUGGCAUUACAAAUCCUGGAGAUCAACAGAAACUUCUAGAUGUUACUAACGAGCUACAAGUGGAAGAAAGAAGAAUUGGAGACCUCUCUGAAGUGAUGAAGCUGGAAUUGAGUGAAGAUGAAGUCCUCACAUUUCUUCGGGACUUGAAUAAAGAAUGUAGCAAGCUGACAAUUGCUGUGCAGACCGCAAAUAAGCAUUUCCUGAAAAAUUCUCACAAGAUGGUAAUGUUGCAGUGGGCACCAACAGAGAGUUUUAUUGAAGUGUACAAAGAAUUGGUUUGCAGUAUUGAGAACUUGAGAGGAGAAGUUAUGAAACUAAAGGACCUGAUGGAGAAGCAGGAACAGAAGAAUGACCCCAGCCAAGUGAAACUUCCAGACAAAGCACACAGCUUGGAAAACAGAUUAGUAAAAAUGGGAGCAGUAGCAUUGCUUGGGUUUGUUCUUUAUUUUGGAACAAAGUUAGUAGUAAAGAAGACCUGACUUUAAGUUUAGCACUAUGAAUAGUUUUGGGAAUACUUGGUUGCAUUAUGCUUCUAUUCAGUAUAUGCAGCAGAGCCAGGCAUGUGAAAAUUUGUGUAGUUUCUCAUCGUAUCUGUAGUAUUUGC